UAGAAACCUUCCAAUCACAUGCUUGUAUUUUUGUCAGCUCUCUCUCUCUCUCUAGACUCUAGGGAAACCAUCGUGGCAUGCUGUUAUAAUUCUCAUCUGUUUCUCUCUCUUUUAUCGUUCAGCUCUGUUUCUCUCUCUUUUAUCGUUCAGCUCUGUUUCUCUCUCUACACUAUCCCAUGGGCCCUCACUCCAAGCCCAGGCGCUCUCUCACACGCACACUCUCUCUCUCAGCUGCCUUACUCUAGAAUCUAAACCAGCUCUCUCUCUCUCUCUCUCUCUCUAAAAAGCAACUCUCUCUCUCUCCAUCUCGAGAAUUUAAACCGUCUCCCAUUCUGGAGCUGGGCUCUCUCACUCAAUAGAGCAAGUCCAGCAGUGGUUUGGAAAUGGGAACCCUAACAAGGAGUUCCACCAAGGUGUUUUGGGUAGGUUGCAGGGUUUCCAGGCCAUGGAGCACGGGCCACGGUUUCAGAGCUUUUGAGAGGCCUGUGAUUCAUUUAUUCACUUCUAAAAAAAUUCACAGGCUCUCAAUUCAUGUUUCUCAGAAGCUCAUGUGUUCUUCUGUGUCUUGUUCUUCAGAACCGGAGGUGAAUGUUGACCCUGUAGCUCCAAGUCAAUCAGCAGUUCAUGUGAGAUUCAUUUUACAGAAGGAAUGCAUGUUCGGUCAGCAAUUUUUCAUCGUUGGAGAACAUCCAAGCCUUGGCUCCUGGGACCCGACAGCUGCUCUUCUUAUGGACUGGUCCGAUGGCCAUGUCUGGACAACGGACCUGGAGGUCCCAGCUGGAACAACACUUCUUUACAAGUUCAUACUGAAAGGAAAGCUAGGAGAAAUUGAAUGGCAGCCUGGACCAGACCGUGUUGUAAAGACUUGGGGAACCAGUAGCACAAUUGUGAUCUCAGAAUCUUGGGAAACUGCUGAACUCCAGACAAUAACUGAGGAAACACAACUUCAGAAAAUAUCCGAGGAACCAAAACUUGAGAAGACAACUAAGCCAAAACUUCAGAAGAUAACUGAGACAUCACAACUUCAUAAUAUAAAUGAGGAACCAUCCAAAUGUUUGAAUGAGAAAUCAAAGUUUGCUGAACACCCACACACCAGUAGCAAAGCUGAGCCCGUAGAGAGUGACUUGAGUGCCAUUACUCCGGAUAUGCUGAACCCUGAAGUCCCCAUUUUGAUCCCUGGCUUGGCUUCCCCUUCCAAACUUGUUACCGAAGAAGCAGUUUCUAAUGAAGCCCAACUUGACCAAGCAAAAAGCCAUGUUAUCAACCCUAAUGAUGGUGCAAUUGAUGAUUUUCCCAAGAUGGGAGUUACUAUGAAGGUUCAUGUCACCCCUCCAUGAGAAUAACGAUCUAUUUUUGAAAAUUUUGAGCGUGGUUUUUGUCGUAUGAUUUCCUUGGAGACUAUCUAGGCACAUGAAUAAAGAUUUGUUUCUGAUUAUUUUGAGCCUAUUUUUUGCAAUUUUUUCUUGGUUCGCAUUGUAUUCCAGCGGAGGGAGAAAAGGAGAAAAGAACCAUAUGGCUAAUCUAAGUAGGCAUCACUAGAGAAACCUCGUCAUUCUCUUUAUGUAUAAGUUCGAGAAACCCAAGGACUUGGGGUUGCCAAGCCAAAAAAUAAUCGUAGAAAAUUAUUUUCUAUAUAACAUGGAGAAAACCUAAGAAACUGAUCCUACUACACCUAAAAACCAGUUGUUUGCAUAAGAUUUAAUUGGAAUUGGAAUACUAGACACGUCAUGUUUUAUUCUUAUCUUGCUUUAGUUAAUAUUUGUUAAGAAGACGAUGCUUUCAAUAGUCCGAAAUUCUGAAUAAUUGAGGUGGAAAAGAGCAAGUAUACUGUAGUUCAAUGGACUACUGAAAACCUGUGUCCCUUGAGGUCAUAAAUCCUGACAAACUAGACAGUCGUGACCUUUGCAAGCUAUGGUUCUCAUUGUCCUUCAAUCUAUAGUAUAUAUCUUUUCUCCAAGAAAUAAUAAUGCCAUGAAAACAUGCAUCUGCUAAGGAAACCUUGACCCACUCUCUUCUUCUGUUUCCUUCCAACACCCUAAAAUUAGUUGAUUGGAGAGCAGGAGCUGCAAACUUCCAACAAAACCUUGGAUCAGGAGGAAAAAGAGACACCACAAAGUGGGCCCGGAGUAAAGUUGUCCUUCACAGAGGGGAGAGAAACUGCUGCUUCCACAACAGAGAAGAGUGAACCAGCUGCCUCUACAGAGGACAGCGAACCGGCUCCAGAUGAUCUCCUCAAAAAUGACCUAGCCUGGGGCACAAAAACUUUGUCGAAGCUUUUCUGGCGUUUGGGUUUUUGUAAAGAAUAACUCGAUUGAGCUUCAUGAAACUCAAAAAUCAUAAGGAAUGGAUUUGAUGGCUGUACCUAUAUAACCUGAUUCCAUGCACAUACUACAGCCCAUGGUGUUGCAGUACCACCCCUUGUGUCACAUGUAUAUUAGAGUGCUGCAGUUACUUGGGUCUCUUCACAGUGAAUUUUUGGAAGCAUCGGAACCUUUGUUGUGUACGUGAAAUAACAGCGUGCGUUGUACAAGUAACGUAGCUACAUUCUUUGUUUCGUUUGAGAGAGACCAUUUCUACAGUCAUGGAGAUCCCAGCACCAAAUACCUGGUUUGGCGACAACUUUAAUUUGCAGAAGCAUGGGAACAUUUGCCAUGAAUGUGAAAUAUAAUAUUUGUUGUUGUAGGAUCAUAUGACACCAGUUUUUUGAGAGUGUAAUCAUUUUAACAUUGUUCAUAGAGAUAUAGGCAUUGAAGACUGGUUUAUUGUGCCUUUUUGUACAAGACCUUGGAUUCAUUUUUCUUUGAUCAAUCCAUGUUCUGAAUUUUUUCUUUUA